AAGGUACCCCUCUCCACAGAAAUGCUGCCAAGCCCAGGCUCAGAUCAUCUUGGAGCUACACUCAAGUCCUACCAUGUACCUCUACGUGUUCCUGGCUUGUGCACUCUGGGGAUCAGAAAACCAUUGCGCCUCCAUGAUGACAGCCAACGUGUCUGCCUACGACAACCACACUGCAGUAUGUGCUGAAAUUCAGAAAGAACUCUCGGCUGACAACAUUAUAUACAACGGUUCCUUCAAAAGGCCCCAGAAUACCAGUGAGGAGCCCUGCUAUGGGGAGUUUACGAAGGACUUCAUCUCCACCCUGAAGGAACUUACGAAAUCUAACGAGCAUGACCGUCACAUAAGAAAGGUUUAUAAGGACAUGAAAGAACUCACCAGAAUCUGCCCAAAGCUGAAACCAACAGAAUCACCCAAGAACUGUACUACUGAGGAAAGUAACUUCUCACAGUUCAAGGAAGCCUUACAGAGUGUUGUCAUAUCCAUAGAAGGAUGGAAAUCCUGUAAAAGCAUCAAGAGCAGCCUCUGAGACCCCAUCCUGUCACUGAAGCCUGGUUAGAGCUGCAAAAAAAUAGGAUUGGAGAAGUCUUGGGAACAAUUUAUAUCCGGGGUGGGGUGGGAGUUUGCUGGCCCUGGGGUGGCUGACGAGACUGUGGGCGGUUAAUGGCAGCAGGGGUGUGCCUGAGGAAAUAUUUCUGUAACUGAUACAAUAGCACCCAUUACUUCAAUAAAGCUGGCGAAUGUAAA